UCCAAAACGGAGGGGGAAGCCCAGGAUGUCUCCCCGUUACUCUUUAGCCUCUUGGUUGGAAGGGAGGGUUGGGAGCAGAGGCUUGGAUCCCCGCCAGCAUUGACCUGGCACCUGCUUCCCCAGCGUCACUGCGGGAUUUGUCCAGCGACUUCCCUAGCAGGGGUGUGUUAGGGGGAGUCCUCUUUCCGACUGUCGAAAUGGUUAUCAAAGUGUUUGUUGCCACAUCUUCUGGGUCCAUAGCGAUUAGGAAAAAACAGCAAGAAGUGGUGGGCUUUUUGGAAGCCAAUAAAAUAGACUUUAAGGAGCUGGACAUAGCUGGGGAUGAAGACAACAGGAAGUGGAUGAGAGAGAACGUUCCAGGGGAGAAGAAACCUCAGAAUGGGAUUCCUUUGCCUCCUCAGAUCUUCAAUGAAGAGCAGUAUUGUGGGGAUUUUGACUCCUUCUUCUCUGCAAAAGAAGAAAAUAUUAUUUAUUCAUUCCUUGGUCUGGCUCCGCCUCCUGGGUCAAAGGUGACAAAGUCUGAGGAAGCAUCUUCCCUUCCCAAUGGAGAUGUAGCAGGAGAGGCAGAGGGUGCUGCAGAGGGAACAGAUAAGGCUGAAGAAAGCGGAGAAAAUGAGGUACAGAAAGAGGACAGUGAAGACACUGGCGAGCUUUCUGAAUCCCAAGAGAAGAAGAAGAGGGAGGAGAAGAAGAGUCAACAGAAGAGCUGGAAGAGGCAACAGAGGGAGGAGCAGAGGGAGAAGCUGAAGAAGAGGAACCCGAGGAAAAGGCAGGAGAAGGGGAAGAUGUUUAGGCCUUUCAGGCUGGUGCUUCAACUUUCCCAGAAUUUUCUAAAUCAGAGCUGCAAGACUCCAUUUGAACUCCCUCUUCUCCAUUAACUUCGUGAAAUGCUUGGCUGGAAGCCGGCACCCUUCCAUCAGCACACCUGGCUCAGGAGGACUUUGGCCCUCCCUCCGAGACAGUGAGGUGGAUGUGGAUCUCUAUCGAUGUCAGCAUGAGGCUGAAUGUGAAGACUGCACACAUACUCUGCCUGCAAGCUUUGGUCUUUGCUUAAUGUUUGUUUCCUUUGCUGUGCACAAGUAGACCUCCUUGUUAUUACUCUGCAAACAGGAUUUUGAGGCUUAGUUUCUCUCUGUGAUAAAGCAGGAUUUCUUUGUGUACCGCUUGUUUUAGACUUGGCUUUCAAAACAAAACACAUCCCAGAGAGCAAUCAUAAAUAAAGAUUGAUAGCAAGAA